GCAUUUACCAUCUUGCUGUCAGUGAGGAGAUUCUGAGUCAGCCGGGCCCCCACACAUCUACACUGCCGGGCCCCCACACAUCUACACUGCCGGGCCCCCACACAUCUACACUGCCGGGCCCCCACACAUCUACACUGCCGGGCCCCCACACAUCUACACUGCCGGGCCCCCACACAUCUACAGUGACGGGCCCGAUCUCUCCCUUACUUAUUAGCCGCUGUCUCCAUUAUAAACUAUGUGAAUGCUGAUGAUGAUUAUUACCUGGACUUCAAAGUUGAACCACUACAUGGCAAUAUGAGCAACAGAGACAUCAGGAGAUCUCCACAUGGGGAUUUUGAUAAUGAUUACUGUGAUGCCAGCAGUGAUAGCAUGAAGAGUUCCUCAGGUGACGGAGAUAUGCCAGAGAGAGUUUUAAUCGCUUCUGAAAUGAUAAAACAUUAUGAACAUAAUUACUGGGGACGACAUACAUUUGAUAAAAUGACAGGGAAUGAAACCUCUAACAGCGCUGAAGAUGGCCGUGACCUGAAUUUAUCAUCAAGUCAAGUUCCCCAUUCACGGAUAAUAGAAAAAACAAUUACUGAGGAAGCCAAAAUAAUUUUCACUGGCAAGUUGCUGACUGUAUUUGCUCCAUCCGUGUCCACCGUGGUGCUCAUUGUGUCUCUGCCUCUCAAUCUUCUGGCCAUCAUCAUGUUCCUGUUCAAGAUGAAGGUCAGGAAGCCAGCGGUGGUCUACAUGCUGAACCUGGCGGCCGCUGAUGUGCUCUUUGUGACUCUGCUGCCUUUCAGCAUCGCUUAUCGAUUCUCCGGGAAUAAGUGGAUGAUUGGAGAUGGAAUGUGUCGCUUCUACAUCACAGCAUUUUACUGCAACAUGUACUGCUCCAUCCUACUCAUGACCAGCAUCAGUGUGGACAGGUUCCUGGCCGUGGUGUAUCCAAUGCAGUCUCUCUCCUGGCGUACCACGGGGCGAGCUUGGCUGGUCUGUGUCUGUAUAUGGGUGUUAUCCAUAGCCGGCACUGUGCCACUUCUCAUAAGAGAACAGACACAGUACAUUGCCGCUUUGGAUACCACAAUUUGUUAUGAUGUGCAGGACAUUGAAGAUGUGCAGAGAUUUUUUGUAAACUAUUUCCUAAUUUUUAUCUCUGCUUUCUUCUUCUUGCCUUUAGUCAUUACAGUUGUCUGUUACAUUGGAAUCAUCCAUAACCUAAGCUCCCCCAAACUUGAAAACUCCUUUAAGCGAUCUCGCGCUUUGUUUAUGACAGUGACUGUGCUCUUGGUGUUUGUACUUUGCUUUGGACCAACAAAUGUCAUCUUUUUAAUUUGGUGUCUUCAUUUUCAUAAGAAAUCUAAUCCAUCUCUGUAUUGUGCCUACAUUCUGUCUGUCUGUAUUAGCAGCAUCAGUUGUUGCCUUGAUCCUCUUAUCUAUUACUAUGCAUCCUCCCAGUGUCAGAGAUACAUGUACAGCUUGCUGACUUGUAAUAGAGGUGGGGAAGUACCAUCAAAGAAAUAUCAGAGGAAUGUUCACACCAAACAACCUGCUGAACGGGCUCUGCUAGCAUAACUGCAUAAUGAUAAUGGCGGCUUAUUGCUUUCACAUGUACGUUACAUUACCGCUGUCCCCAAUAGUAGACUGGUGGGUGCCAUCCCUUGUACCCUGUCCAUACAUUAUAAUAAAUGCUUGAA